AUGGUCCCUACGGUGGCGGAGCCGGUGGGGCGCUGCCCGCCGUGGCGGCCCGGAGAGGAGUUAUCCAUCUCUCUACUGCUCCGGCAGAGUACCCGGCUGGACCUCCGCCAGAUCCGGCAAGUUCACGGGCAGCUCUUCCGGCGGCACCUCCACCACGAUGCCGUUCUCAUCACCCAGCUCGUCUCGUCCUGCUCCGCCGCCGGCACCAUGGACUACGCCGCCCGGCUCUUCCACUCGGUGCCCACCCCCGACCUCGUCCUCUGCAACGCCAUGCUCAAGGGGUACACCCUCAACUCCUACCCCGCCGCUGCUGCCCUCUUCUUCGCCGGCGAGGUCCUCCGGCGAGGCCUCCCCCCCGACCACUACACUUUCCCCUACGUCCUCAAGGCGUGCGCCGCCAUGGCCGAUCCCAAACUCGGCGCCCAAGUCCACGGGAGCCUGGUGAAGACGCCCGGCGCCGGCGCGGACAUCUUCGUGCUGAAUUCCCUCCUGGACAUGUACUGGAAGUGCGGGUUGAGCGAGCUCGCGCGACUGGUUUUCAGGAGAAUUCCACAGCCCAAUACCACCACCUCGAACAUAAUGAUCUCCGGUUUCUUGGGCAUGGACGAACUCGACUCGGCCAGGGAACUGUUCGAUGGAAUGCCGCUGAGGGACGUGGUUUCGUGGAACACCUUGAUGAGCGCCUACGCGCGGGCAGGGGAGAUGGAGCUCGCGCGGAAGCUUUUCGACGAAAUGCCCAAGCGGAACAUAGUUUCCUGGAACGCCCUCAUCUCCGGGUACUCUCAGAACGGCCAGGUUGAAGAAGCGACGUCCGUCUUCUCUCAGAUGCUGCAUUCGGGGGUCGACCCCGACAGCGCGACGAUGCUGAACGUUCUCUCUGCUUUGAGCGGAGCCGAAGAUGACCUCGAAGAUGAACUGGUCGAUCGAGUAGUCGCCCUCGCGAGGUCGAUGAACUCGGUUUCAGUCUCUACUGCUCUGCUGAAUCUGUACGCGAAGAUGGGGAGAAUGGAGGAGGCCAGGAAGGUGUUCGAAGGGAUCCCAGAAAAGGACCUGGUCACGUGGAACGCCAUGAUCGGAGGCUACUCUCACAACCAGCGGCCCGCGGAGGCGAUCGAGCUCUUCCGGUUGAUGACCCAGAAGGGCCACCCGAAGCCGGACGGGAUCACCAUGGUCAGCUUGAUCGACGCCUGUUCUCAAAUGGGCGCCCUCGAUUUGGGCGAGUGGAUCCACACCUUCAUCCGGAAGAACAAGAUACACUUGGACGUUUUCCUGUACACAGCCCUGGUCGACAUGUACGCGAAAUGCGGCGACUUGGUUCGGGCCCGUCACCUGUUCGACGAAAUGCCCCGAAAAGACUUGCCCUCCUGGAAUGCGAUGAUCAACGGCAUGGCCGCCCAUGGGCAUGCCCGCGAGGCCCUCCGAGCCUUCCAACAGAUGGGGAGCGACGGUGUCGCCCCCAACGAGAUAACCUUCAUUGGCCUGCUGAGCGCGUGCGCCCACGGCGGCUUGGUAGGUGAAGGCUUGGAACUCUUCCACCGAAUGCACCGGCAGUACGGAGUGGAGCCGAGAAUCGAGCACUACGGCUGCGUGGUGGACCUGCUCGGCCGCGCCGGGCGCCUUGCCGACGCGCGCGAGCUCGUCAGAAGUAUGCCGCUCCAGCCCGACCCCGCCCUGUGGGGCGCGCUGCUGGCGGCGAGCACAUUCCACCGGGCCGUCGGCGUGGCCGAAGAAGCAGCCCGCGAGCUCGCCGCGCUCGACCCACGGCACGACGGAAACUACGUGCUACUUUCCAACGCCUACGCCUCCGCCGGCCUGUGGGGAGACGUCGAGAAGGUCAGAGCCCAAAUGAGGGCCAACCGGGUCCAGAAGACGCCCGGCUGGAGCUCCGUGGAGGUCGCCGGCGCCGUCCACUGCUUCAGGUCCGGCGACAGGACCCACUCCAGGACCGCAGAGAUCUACAGUGCUUGGGACGAGCUCGUGAAGGAGAUAAGGCCCAUGGGGUACGAGCCGGACACGGGGGCUCUGCUCAGGAAGCUCGACGCGGAGGAGGAGAAGGAGGAGGCUCUCUAUCGCCACAGCGAGAAGCUGGCCCUGUGCUUCGCCCUGAUCAGCUCUGCUGGGGAGUCGUCUCCCAUCAGGAUUGUGAAGAACCUGAGGAUCUGCGGGGACUGCCACCGCGCCAUGGAGCUGGUCUCCGAGGUGACGGGAAGAGAGAUCAUCGUCCGAGAUAGGAGGAGAUUCCACCAUUUCAGGGGUGGCAGUUGCUCCUGCGGAGGCUACUGGUGA